AUGCCAUUGCCGCCUUCAACGCUGCCCAAGUGGAAGGUGAAUGAGCGCCGAGCUCAGCGAAAUGGCACGCUCGGACAAAUCACCUUUCCCAAUGGCGACACCUACAAGGGCGAAUGGCGUGACGAUCAGAUGCAUGGCAAGGGCUGCUACACCAGUCGGGAGCACGGGUUUGUCUACGAAGGGGACUUUAUGGACGGCCGCCAGGAAGGCUAUGGUGUCUACAGUAUUUUCAUGAGCAACGGCAAGCUUCGAAAGCAAUACCUCGGCAAUUGGGAAGCAGGACUGCAACACGGGCAAGGGUCCUUCUUCUUCAACGACGAAGGCACGGAAAAGUACGAAGGCGAAUGGCGGGAAGGCAACCGCGAAGGCUGGGGUCGCAUGUACUACGAGGACGGCAGCAUUUAUGAGGGCGAAUGGCUUGAUGACAUGCGCCAUGGCCUGGGCCUGCUUCUCCUCAAGGAUGGCAAUCGCUACGAGGGACAAUGGGCCGAGGAUCUGAAAGAGGGUGAGGGCAGCUAUUUUUACGUGACCAAGCGACGGUGCUUCAAGGGCACUUGGCACAAGGGCAACACCAAAUGCGGCGAGUACUUUGAGCUCGACAGUGCCGCGGGCCAGCGCUUUCCUAUACCCGAGCUUAAGCUCGCCAAUCCCAACGCCGUGCUUGAUGCCGCCAGUCGGCCAUAG